GCUCUUUAGUAUCAUUGGAAUGUGGGAAAGAAAAAAGAAAAAAAGAAGGUUUGUGAUGAUUUUUAAAUCUUUUAUUGAAGAAGGCUGUAGGAAGAAAAGAUGAUGAGGUUGGAUACUUGUCGAGUCCUUAUUGAGCUAACCAUGGCUGGUAAUCUGGUCUUGUCCUAAUGAUAAUUGAGAGCUAGUGCAAAUAUUUUUGUUGCUAGCAACAGCAGAACUCCAUUUUAAUUUAUAACCUGGUUCGCACUGGUUACCCAGUUCAAGCUUUGAAUCUCAGUUUACCAUCCAUCUAUAAAUCACUAUGCUUACAUGGGAAGAAGCGCGAGCAAUUUUAUCUUUAAUUUGGGCGAUAUCCAUAUGCCUCUGCGAGUGGGUUCUGCAUGUUCUAAUUUGGAUGGUUGCAUCUCCAAUAUUUGUUCCAAUGGUUGCAAUUAGGUGGGCAUGUAAAUCAAUUGCAAUUCGGCGGGUAUGGAAGGCUUUUCUUGACAUCCCUUCAGCAAAGUGGGAACAUGUAUUUGUAAUAUCAUGUAUUGCGGUCUCACUGGAUCCUCUGUUCUUUUACAUUCCAAUCAUCGACGAGACAAAUAAAUGUCUCUCAAUGGACAAAAAGUUGAGAACUACAGCUCUUGUCUUCCGAUCGCUUACGGAUGCCCCUUUAGUACUCCAUAUUAAAGAUCAAAUUUGUGGUUGGGUCGACUCUGACUACCCCAACUGGUCCGACUCUGACUCCAACUCCGACUCCGACUUCGACUCCCAUUCUGAGGCAACAUCGUCUUCAUUGAAGAUCGUUAAAAACAGGAUGGCAAAGAGGAUGCAGUGGUUGUCCUUCUCUAUUAUAGUUAACUGCCUUGCCAUUCUUCCCAUACCACAGGUGGCUAUAUUAGUUGGCUUUUACCAAAUGGGACGCUCAUCGGGCUUUGAAGUUUCUAUUAAAAGAACAACGCUCAACGCUUCUCUUGCCCUCCAGUAUCUGCCAAGGGUUUGUCAAAUCUACCUAUCUAGUAAGAAGUUUAGAACAAGCGGAAGAUGGAUUAAACCUUCGCUGAAUUUGUUUCUUUACAUCCUUAGUAGCCACGUAUUUGCUGCUUUUUGGUACUUUUUUGCUAUUGAACGAGAGAUAUCAUGCUGGCAUCAAACCUGCAAAAACACUCCAAGAUGUGUAGCUAAUUUUGAUUGUAGUAGCCCUGCCAAUACUUCAAGAAAUAUAACAGUCUUAAAUCAAUUAUGCCCUAUAAAUUCACCGAAUACUACAGUAUUCGAUUUUGGAAUCUAUCUUCCAAUCCUCCAGUCUGGUAACACGGGGAAUGUUAGUUUUCUAACAAAGCUCUUUUACUCUUUAUGGUGGGGCUUAAAAAAUCUAAGCAAUUUUGGCACAAACCUCGAAACCAGUAGCUACAUGUGGGAGAACUGUUUUGCAAUUAUCAUUUGUGUUAGUGGAUUGCUACUAUUUCUCUAUUUGAUUGGAAAUAUGCAGAAAUAUAUGGAGUUGGAAACCACAAAAUCUUUGAAGACCGAGGAAUCAAGACGCCAAAAGAUUAAAGCAAAGAAAGGAGAAAUAAAGAAGUGGAUGUCAAAUAUUGGUAUCUCUGGAAAUAUGGAAACCAGAAUCAAGAAGUACAUCAAACAAUACAAUGUCUUGGAAAAGAACAUAAAGGCAGAUGUGGAUGUGACAUAUUUUCUCGACGGCAAUCGUUUUGGCAAUUUUAGUAUCAGAGAGCCUCUGUUGGAGCAUCUCGUACAAAAUGCGGUAAAAAAGGUACCGUUGAUUCAGAAGAUGCUGGAUGCAAGCGGGUUAAAGACCUUGUGCAGAUAUAUGAAGCCAGUUGUCUAUAACAAAGACCACAUUCCUGAAGUACAGGCCGGAAACAAGCUUGUUCAGAUGAUCUUCAUCAUACAAGGUGAAAUUGACCAAUAUUGUACCGAAACUCAGAUUACCAACAGCCAUUUUAAGCGUCUAAGAAAAGGUGAUUGUUGUGGAAUACAAAUUCAAAAUUGGGCAGCAAGGAACUACAUGAGGUCUUAUUAUGACCCUCUUCCAACUUUCACCGGAUGGGUCAGAUGCCAAACAAGAGUAGAAGCCUUUGAACUCCAGGCCAUGGACUUGAUGCAAAUUAUUACCCAGCAGAACUUGAGCCAGUCGAAGAUUGAUUCUGAGCAGUCGGAAAAGUUGGCUGGCAUUGAAGAGAACACCGAUCAGAUACCAAACGAGGAUGAUCUACAAUCAAUUCCCCAGUAUGAACAGUUAGAACCUGGCUGGGUGAAGCUCAGUUGUAGUGUUGUGUGGAACCCCGAAACUAAGAAGGCAGGAACAGGUUACGUUUGCAGGGAUGCAGGUGGAACUUUCUUGGGUGCUGAAAGUAGAGGUGGUUUAGAAUUCAGGGACAGAUUUUUGGCUGAAGCUGACAACAUAAAAAAAGCUAUUGCAUUUUUCACUAGGAAUAAAUUUCAAGGCGAGGGGCGGAUUGUGGUGGAGUCUGAUAACAAAGAUCUCAUUGAGUGCCUCUGUCAGCCUUUGGACUCAAAUGAAAGAAUAACUGACGUCCUUCGACCCGUCCUGGGACAAAUUAUCAAGUCGGCUUCAAAAUUUAAACCUAAACCUUUUAGACAUUGUAAGCGCCAAAGUAAUGCAGCAGCUAAUUGCAUAGCAAAGCAUGCCGUGGAUUUUCCUAAUUAUUCUUCUUGGAUUGGCAAUGCACCUGAUUGCCUACUUACUAUCCUCAAGCAAGAUAGCUUGCAUCUUCAGGAGAAACCACCGUCAGAGCAAAACCAAGAGCGGAGAGUAGACAUUGAACUUCCGGAACCACCGUCAAAGAAAAACCAGGAGCUGAGAGUAAACAUUGAACCUCCGGAACCGGAACCACCGUCAGAGCAAAACCAGGAGCUGAGAGUAGACAUUGAACCUCCGGAACCACCGUCAGAACAAAACCAGGGGCUGACAGUAGACAUUGAACAUCCGGAGAAUUGCCUAGGCAAAAAAGGACACAUGGAUGCUGAUGUUGAUGUGGAUGUUCUAUUCGCUAAUCCUCCAAGUGAUAUCAAACAAUCCAUAAAACGCCAUCUCGGCAUGAAUGCCCUAAAGAAAGUACCCACGCUUCAAAAGAUGCACGAAUACGUGUUGGAAAUCAUCUGCAACCAUAUCGAGCCAAAGGUGUACGAGAGGAAUAGCUAUGUUGUUAGAGCUAGAGAACCACUUGGUUUGAUGAUCUUCAUUCUCCGAGGCACAAUUGGAAUGACUGACACGACUAGCUGCAAUGCCACAACAACAGGUUCCUCGGAGAUCACCGAGUCACGUGAUGACAAGAUCCUUGGGAAAGGGGAUUUUUAUGGAGAACAACUUCUGAGCUGGGCAUCUCCCAACAAUAUUUCUUCUUCUGAUAAUCCCGUCAUCUCAGCUAUAGAUGUCAGAUGUCAAACAAAAGUGGAAGCCUUGAUUCUCAAGGCCGAGGACUUGAAAAGUGUAGCCUCCAAAUGCGGAUCGCAGUGGAAUUUCGACAAUUGUAUGAAUUCUCAGCAGUUGGUUGAUGAUGGCAGAGAUCGUGUGGCUAAUACAGCACCAACGUCCACUAUUGAGGAGACUAUCCGGCUUCAUCAGGGUCAUGACAUAAUUCUAGAGCAACUAGUUCUAAUUAGAGAGACCAUAUUCCGGAGAUUAGACGAUCAGGGACGAAAAUUAUCUGAUCAGGAACGGAAAUUAGACGAGAUGGCUGCAUUUUUAGCCAGAGAGGGUUACACAGGGAUUACAGGCGCAUCUUCUACUCCUUCAGCGCCUUGAGGAUUUAUGUAGAGAGAGACAUUGUAUGUUUCUAUGUUCAUUUCCAAGCAGACUCAGAUGUUACUAUUUGUGAUUAUGAAUGGCCAGAAAAAGGAUCCCUGUGCUAUGACUGUUUAUUACUUAAUGUGCUGUAUUUUUU